GUCAGCAUCACGGAUAUUUUUGUUUCACUGCACUUUUGAAGUCACCAGUUAUUCCUCGUGGGGCUGAAUGCAAGCCCCUCUUGUUCGCUCAUCUUCCAUCCUGAUCCAAACCCACAGAAGUAUGCCGUGUGAUUUAUUGAAGUCCUUUCUGGUGAGCCUGUCCCGGAGGAAGCCCCUCGAGCCCGAGGGGGAGCAGUCCACCUUUAAUCGAUGCCUAGGCACUCUGGAUUUGGUAGCCCUCGGUGUGGGCAGCACCUUGGGGGCUGGUGUCUAUGUCCUCUCUGGAGAGGUGGCCAGAGACAGUGCAGGACCCAGCAUCAUCAUCUCGUUCUUCAUCGCUGCCGUGGCCUCUGUGUUUGCUGGGCUAUGCUAUGCAGAGUUUGGUGCCCGGGUUCCAAAAACAGGCUCGGCAUACCUUUACAGCUACGUGACAGUGGGAGAGCUCCUUGCUUUCGUCACUGGCUGGAAUCUGCUACUCUCUUAUGUCAUAGGGACAUCCAGUGUUGCACUGGCAUGGAGCGGGACAUUUGAUGACCUUAUUGGGGGAGUCAUAUCAAAAUACUUUGAAGAGAAUGCAGCCAUGGGCCUCCCUGGCUUAGCACCUUACCCAGAUGUCUUUGCAGCAGCUCUCGUCCUGCUAUUGUCAGGUCUGCUGGCAUUUGGAGUAAAAGAGUCAACACAGAUCAACAAGAUCUUCACAGCAGUCAACAUCCUGGUGCUGUUGUUUGUUACGAUUUCUGGCUUCAUCAAGGGAGACAUCUCCAACUGGCAAAUCAGCGAAGAGGCUGUGAUAAAUGCCACUACCAUAAAUGUGACUGACACUGCUAAUGUAACAAGCAUGUUUGGAGUGGGUGGAUUUUUCCCUUAUGGCUUUGGUGGGACCCUGGCUGGAGCUGCAACAUGCUUCUAUGCUUUUGUUGGAUUUGACUGCAUUGCUACAACAGGAGAGGAGGUGAAGAACCCCAAGAAGUCAGUCCCUAUAAGCAUUGUGGUCUCGUUGCUUAUAUGUUUCCUGGCCUACUUUGCUGUGUCUGCUGCUCUUACCCUCAUGAUGCCCUACUACCAGCUCAGUGAAAAGAGCCCACUGCCAGUGGCCUUUGACCACGUUGGCUGGGGUCCUGCCAAAUACGUUGUGGCUGUUGGAUCCCUGUGUGCCCUGUCAACUAGCCUGCUGGGUUCCAUGUUCCCAAUGCCUCGAGUAUUGUUUGCCAUGGCGAGAGAUGGUCUUCUUUUCCAACCUUUGACCAAAGUGACCGCCAAAGGCAGUCCAGCAAUAGCUACCAUAUCAUCGGGAGUUGUGGCAGCCAUCAUGGCUCUACUAUUUGACCUAGAAGCCUUGGUGGAAAUGAUGUCCAUUGGUACUCUGUUUGCUUACACACUCGUGGCUGUAUGCAUCCUAAUACUGAGGUACCAGGCGAGUUCAUCUGAAGACACAGACCUCAAGAUCCCAGAAUCAAGGACAAAGUUUAGCUUCUUGAAGCCCCCAUCAACACCCAACUCUUCCACUGCACGAACAGUCACAAUCUUGACCAUAGUUUCCAUUGCAUCUGUGAUUGCACUGUGUAUCACUCUGACCCAAGCAAUAGAAGCUCUGACCAACAUGGAAGCUUGGAGCAUUGUGCUUGUCUGCAUCUUUGCAUUGAUACUGGUGGUAAACAUGUUGCUCAUCUGGAGACAUCCACAGAAUCCCACGAAGGCAUCAUUUAUGGUACCUUUGCUCCCUGCUCUGCCUUUGCUGAGUACUUUCAUCAAUGUCUACCUAAUGGUGCAGUUAGGGGGUGACACAUGGAUACGAUAUGCUAUCUGGAUGUUAAUAGGGUUAGUUAUCUACUUUAUCUACGGAGUGCGUAACAGUGUUCAGAGGAAGCGACUCAGGACCGACCACACAGAGAUUGAAACAGUCAGCAGCAAAACAGACAAGGAUAUCCUUAAAGAAGAGAAAUUCUGAGCUCAGGUGGAGUGAGAUGAUGGACUGAGAUGUUACAGUGAGCAACUGCUUUGAACUUACAACCACUGCUUGACAUUUGCCAGGUGCUGCUGCUUUUCUGCAGUCUUCAGUCUCUGACGGCGCAAAGCAAACAGACAGAUAACUUGUUAACUUUUACUCUACACGGACAGUUUAUUGUAUCUUAAUGGAAUUUGUUUUGCAUCUAAAUAUUCCAAAAUGAAACGCUCCCUAAAAUAUAUUUGGACCUUGAAGAUCUUCACUUAUCACAAAUUUUCACAUUGUUAUUAACUAUAUUUAUCUGUGUAUCUUGCUGUAUUAGUGAGCCUCUUUGCUCUUCAAAAGAAAAAAGAUUCUGUAGAUAAUUAGCAUUUUAUAAUACUGAAACAACAUCUUUACACUUUUCUUAUCUGGUGCAAAAUGUAAAUAUGUUUAUUUCAGUUUUGUGUUAUUUUCAUAAUAUUUAAUAAGUUUGUUUUUGUUUUUAACAUGUAGAAUUCAAAUGAAGAAGUUAUAUUUUACAAUAUCGAUACAGAAAAUCUUUCGUGGGAUUUCAUCUUCUGCGUGUAAAUGUGGAAACUGUUCAUGAUUGUUGAUUAAAUGACUGUUAAAUGACUGUCGAUGUAAGCGGUAAUUAAAGUGAAAUUGUAAAGUUUUAAAAGA